AUGGAGCAUGAUGGAAACGAUUUUUUGAGCAGGGGAAAACAACUGAAAUCGACACAGUUAUCGAUCAACGAAUUCUCUGAGUGGAUUAUUCAAUCUUAUCACCGUUCCGAUCAGAUUAUACGCGAUUGGUACAAGUGGAUUGACGCGGAACGUACAACCAAGGGUCUCACUAAAAUUCUAUACACGGCUAACGAUGUCAUCCAAAAUGGACGACGAACGGAACCAAAAAUCGCAAUGGAUAUGCUGCCCGUCAUUGAAGCGGCGAUAAAGGCUGCUGGAAAACUGCAAGACAAAGGACUACAUCCUGUCGUAAUGAAAUUGCUUAAACUUUGGCAAGAUAGAACGAUGUAUGACAUGGAUCAGAUCAAGCAACUGGGCUCAUUGUUAAAGAGUCGCACACGUCCUACCGAAGAAAGAAAUGCUCCACGUUCACCAAAGGGGGAACCACAUAUACCGACUCCGAAAAAAGUGAUGAAAGUUGCGUAUGACGCGGAAGCUAUGGGUAAAGUGACUGGAGAAUUAACUCACUUACUUGGCCAACUUGCAGAUCCUCCUUCAGCCAACCUCGACAUUAGAAUGAAGAUUUCUGAUUUUCCUCCACAUAUUGGUAAUGUGGAUGCCCUGAGUUUUAUCAAAAACUACGAUCAGGCUCGUAAAAUUCUUGCCGAUGUUAUGGGGAAAGAGUCAUUGGUGCGCGAUUAUUGUCGAAGCUUGUCUCAAGAAGUGAUGAACCGAAGGCAGAAACUUAAUCUUCUGGAGGAGUGUUUAAAACAUGUACGCGCCACUUCAGAUCGAUACGUGGAGCAAAUGCAAUGGCUCAAACUUCAAAAAGAGCUUGUUCUCGCAGAAAAAGAAAAGAUCGAAGCUGCGCAUGCGUCUUUACCCGAUGAUGAGGAAGUUUACGGCUCAUCGACGGUAUCGUUACCCACAUACGAAGCUUUAUUUAUUCCGCCGGUUUUACAUAGACAGCCUAGGCCU